AUGAAGUCCAUAAGCAAACCUGACAAGGACCACGCCCAUGUGGACGAUGUGGAGACAGAGGCUCUCCCUUCUGAUCUCAACCCGACAGAAGAGCGCAAGGUAGUCUGGAAGUGCGAUUUACAUGUCGUGCCGAUUCUAAUGCUGCUCUAUCUGCUUGCCUUCUUGGACCGCAUCAAUAUCGGAAAUGCGCGCUUACAGGGUCUCGAAAAUGAUUUGCAAAUGAAAGGAGGGCAGUACAACUACGCUCUGUUUAUCUUCUUCAUACCCUACAUUCUUUGCGAGGUACCAUGUAACUUGAUCAUGAAGAAGCUUGCUCCGUCUACUUGGCUAAGUGGAAUCAUGGUGGCAUGGGGUUGUGUUACUAUCGGCCAAGGGUUUGUCCAGAGUUGGUCUGCCUUGAUGGCAUGUCGCUUUCUACUGGGCAUCUUUGAGGCAGGCUUCUUACCUGGCUGUGUUUAUUUAAUAUCGACUUAUUAUAAGCGUUUUGAACUCCAAUGGCGAUUGAACCUUUUUUUCAGUGCCAGUAUCAUAUCCGGGGCUAUCAGUGGAUUACUAGCAUAUGGGCUGUCAUAUAUGGAGGGAGUCCGUGGAUAUUCGUCAUGGCGGUGGAUCUUCAUCCUUGAAGGGAUCGCCACUGUGGUGGUUGGGUUGAUCGCUAAAUUGCUGAUUGUGGAUUGGCCUGAGAAGGCAAAGUUCCUCACUGAAAGAGAACGAACAAUUCUUAUUGCGCGUUUACAAUCCGAGAACGACUCAUUCCCCAUGAAUCGAUUGGAUCAAGCCGCGGUCUGGAGAAUUCUGGGAGAUAAGAAAAUCUACUUAGGGAUAAUCAUGUACUUGGGUGCUUUGAACACAGGCUAUGCAGCUUCGUUCUUCAUUCCCUCAAUUCUUCGAGAUAUGGGCUGGACUUCCUUGAUGGCACAGGUUAUGAGCAUCCCCAUUUAUAUCGUGGCAGCAAUUAUGACCAUUGGAACCGCUUAUAUGAGCGACAAGAUGAGACACCGGUUUGGAUUUGUCAUAGCUGGCUGUGGUAUCGCAACCGUGGGAUAUGUCAUCUUGCUUGCACAACGAUCGGUUCCCGUCGGCGCAAAGUACUUUGCCCUCUUUGCCGUCACGGGUGGUGGUUUCAUUGCCCAGCCCAUUCUCAUCGGAUGGCUGAGUAACAACAUCAGUGGACAUUACAAGAAAGCCAUUGCGACUGCAAUGCAGAUUGGAUUCGGAAAUUGUGGCGGUUUCGUUGCUAGCAACGUAUUCCUGUCAUCUGAGUCACCUUUCUAUGUGACAGGCUAUGCAACGAGCUUGUCAUUGAUUUGGCUGUGCUUGAUAGCCGCCGUGGUACUGUUUUUGCUGCUCUGGAACGAAAACAGGCGUAGGGAGCAGGGGGCGCGUGAUCAUCGGUUGGCCCUUGAAUACGAGGAAUUGCAGAACAUGGGGGAUGAUCAUCCGGGAUUCCGGUUCUCGUACUAA